GUGAAGGGUGUGGUCACGCAGCAAAUUCAAAGUUUCCGGGUAAACAGGUAGAAUGGGGACAUGAAUCGAGAUUAACUCAAAAAUAUACAGCAGUCAAAGAGUAAGAACGAAACAUUUAAAAUGGACACAAAUUAAUCAUAUGAUAGUUUUGAUGCUUUUUUUAAAUAUUAGAAAAGGCGCGAAGCGUUUUUUUUGUCCGCCAACAAAAGCAAACGCGAUCGAAAAGGAUUACAAAAGGAUUUAAAUCCGUAUUAUUUUUUUAUUGGACGAACUGAAACUACACUCAGUAUGAAAAUAAUCAUACUAUCUGUUUAUCUACUACUUCUGUCACAUCAAACAGUGACAGAGGAACAGGUGCAACAUGUUAUUGGAGAGAAAGGUGAAGACACCACACUGCAAUGCAGCUCGCCCCCAAUUAAUGUGUCUUCUCUCUAUCAGUGGAAGAAAGAUGGAGUUGUUGUUGCAUCACAAAACCCCCCUGAGCCAUCGGACCAUCUUUCCGUUUUAAACGACGGAUCUCUAAAGAUCAGCGGACUUCAGUACAUUGACGGUGGCCAAUAUCAAUGUGAAUCUCAACCAGAGGGUUUCGGCACAUGGCAAGCUCAUUCUAACCUUCUGCUUCAAGUCGCUGGUGGUCCAACUAACAUAGUGCUGAACAUAACUCAAGCAACUGCACUGAAGAAUGGAACGCUAUUUGUCAAAAAAGGCUCGGAUGUCUUUUUCAAUUGCUCUAGCGAGUCUGUACCUUCACAAAACCUGACGUGGAAGUUUGAAAAUUCGGCGUCUACCGGAGCUGUCGAUAAGGCCUUUGGGAGCAAAUCGACCCUUGGGUUUUUUAUAAGUGACAUCCAGCCAGCCGAUCAAGGGAACUAUACGUGUGUAUCCCACAAUACCCUCUCCAUGAGAACAGAGAACAAGAGCCAGGAACUCCUAGUUUACUAUGCUCCGGAGAGACACCCAGAAUGCAGCUGGGAAAAGGGAAACCAGGGUCCAUCUGAUUUUUUGUUUAUAUGUACCUGGCAUGAAGGCUACCCGGUGCCCACUCUGGAAUGGCAUGAGGUUUUAAAACCGCCUGUGAUAGCGAAGGGUCCCACGAUCAACUCCACAUCCCGGGAGACGGAGCGUUUGGAGGUGCAUGUGAACAGAUUUAUAUUGUCCGAUGGAGAGGAGGUGAAGUGUGUGGCCAGACACGUAACUGGGGAGCAGAACAACUGUUCUUUCACACUUAAGAUCCCAUAUCCGACAGGAAACCCUAUGGUCACCGCUCUGGAGGGCACGAGUGUCAAGCUUCAAUGUAGUGAGACCAACUCUCUCCCACCAGCUACAACCGUAUGGAAGAAAAACGACACGGUCAUCAAUAACACGUCUAAAUACGUUCUGUCUGAAAAUGAUCUCCAAUACACGCUUACUAUAGUCAAUGUGACUGAAGAGGAUGAGGGCAUCUAUAAGUGCUAUAGUGAAAAUCCUCUUGGUGUGAAAGAGCUGGAUGUUAUUCUAACUGUAAAAACCACAUCAGGUGGAGGGGUCGUGGUUGGGAUCUUUGUCUCUGUUUUAAUAAUCAUGAUCGGAAUCGUCAUUGGUGUGACAGCAUAUACGAAGCGUGACAGAAUUUGCAUUGGUUUAGGAUUUGGUAGCUCAUCGGAGGACAGAGGGGACAUUUUUAGUUUGGUGGACUCGGAAGACGAGGAGAUUUUCCACGAUGCCGUUCCUCGACUGCCACCGCUGACCAAUGGACACGCAACCACACUCGUAGAGAUUCACAGAAUACCGUCCAAUGAAGAUGCUGCAGACAGUUCUGAAUACACAGAUCAAAUACGUACGGAUCAAACAGAACCAGAGCAAUAGACUAAAUCCAGUUUACCAUCUGGUUUGUAUGUACAGGAAACGCAAUGGCCAACAUGGACUGUGUUAAAUUAUUAAAUUGUCUGAUAUUGUGCUUGUAAAAUAUUCCAGUUACCUGUGAAAAGUAUACAUAGAAAAUAGGCCCUGUUUUUAUUUUCAGUGUUAGGUUUUAAUUUACUGCCUCAAAUAGUGACAUUAAACUUCAAAUAUUCAUA